UAUUCCUUUCCCAGUACUGGUGAUACAUGUGCGUUCAAGUAUCCUCAAACAAUUCCUUCAUAAAUCACCAGUAAACCCAGAUUAAAACCAUCUCCCCUUCACUCCUCUUACGUUAUUUCUCUGUUUAAUUUGAUUCCAUACAAUAAUUUUAAGGCCUCCCCUGACGGAGUUUGAGGUUGCGGAUCGGUAGAGCGAUGGUGGGCGGAGGACAUGUUGGUGCAGCAGGCAAGGCAGUCGCCUACGAAGGCCGUGUCACGGCGUUCGUCGUCUGCACUUGUCUCAUUGCCGCCAGCGGCGGUCUUCUCUUCGGUUAUGACCUCGGAAUCUCCGGCGGCGUCACGUCGAUGGAGCCGUUCUUGAAGAAGUUCUUCCCGGAUGUAUUGGAACAGCAGAGUCAUGCUGCCGGGACCGAGAGCGAGUAUUGCAAAUUCGAUAGCCAGCUGCUUACUUUGUUCACAUCUUCCCUUUACCUUGCUGCAUUGAUCGCUUCCUUCGUCGCGUCGAUCGUUACGAGGAUCUUCGGCAGGAAAAUCUCGAUGUUUGUUGGUGGCGUUGCUUUUCUCCAUGGUGCCAUAUUGAAUGCCAUUGCCAUGAACAUCGAAGUCCUCAUCAUCGGCCGUUUGUUGCUCGGAGUCGGCGUCGGAUUCGCUAACCAGUCUGUGCCAGUGUACUUAUCCGAAAUGGCACCUGCAAACAUCAGGGGAGCUUUGAACAUUGGUUUUCAAAUGGCCAUCACACUUGGAAUUCUAGCUGCGGGCCUAAUUAACUACGGCACGUCGAAGAUCGAAGGCGGAUGGGGAUGGAGGCUUUCUCUAGGCCUCGCGGUCGUUCCGGCAGUCGUGAUGACCAUCGGAUCAUACGUGCUACCGGACACUCCGAACUCGAUCCUCGAGCGAGGCCAAACCGAUAAGGCGAGGCAAAUGUUGCAGAAACUCCGAGGCACACAACACGUCGACGCCGAGUUUCAAGAAUUGGUCGACGCCACCGAGGCCUCGAAGAAGGUGAAUAACCCAUGGAAGAACAUCCUGCAACCAAGAUACAGGCCUCAACUUCUCCUAUGCAUCCUCAUCCCAUUCUUCCAGCAGCUCACCGGAAUUAACGUCAUCAUGUUCUACGCACCCGUUCUCUUCAAGACGUUGGGGUUCGGCGAUGACGCCUCACUCAUGUCUGCAGUCAUCACCGGCACCGUCAACGUUGUCGCCACCAUCGUUUCUAUCUAUUCUGUCGAUAAGUUCGGACGAAAGGUCUUGUUCCUCGAAGGUGGCAUACAAAUGUUUAUCUUCCAGGUUGCCGUAGGAGUGACGAUCGCGAUGAAGUUCGGGUUCAACGGAGAAGGAACCCUAACAAAGGGUGACGCCAACAUGCUGCUGUUCUUCAUCUGCGCUUACGUAGCCGCAUUCGCAUGGUCAUGGGGACCAUUGGGGUGGUUGGUGCCGAGCGAAAUCUGUCCACUGGAAAUCCGAUCAGCCGGACAAGCCAUAAACGUGGCCGUAAACAUGAUCUUCACCUUCAUCAUCGGCCAAAUCUUCCUCACCAUGCUGUGCCACAUGAAGUUCGGACUAUUUUUCUUCUUCGCCGGUUUCGUCGUAAUCAUGACGGCCUUCGUCUUCUUGCUGGUGCCGGAGACGAAGAACGUCCAUAUUGAAGAGAUGAACGAAGUUUGGAAGAACCACUGGUUCUGGGGAAAGUACGUGCAGGAUGAGGACGAUAAUGAAAUGCGAGUAAGAGAUGUUUGAGAGAGCUGCAACAACUGGCUCCCAUGAGAUUAACGAAUUAUUAGCGUUAAAGGAGUUUAAAAGGUUGUUGACGUUAUUACAUGACCUGGGGGAUCGGUUUAUAAAUGAAAAGAACUUGAUAUAUCAAAGUCACAAUAUGCAGAAAGUUAUG